CACACUUGGAUAUCCGGCGGCCAAUAUUGCGGGAAAACUUAAGUGCAGGAAGGACGACGCACGGCCAUCAUCAGGUGUAUGUUUUCGUUGUAUUGUACUGGUCAGACUCUCUGUUAACACAAUGAGGACGUUAGAAGAGGUACAGGCAACACUUGAGAUCGCAAAACUCAAGCCAGAGGAUUUGCAGUCCGUUACGCACUGCUUGUCUUUUGGGGAAAACGUGUCGUCGGCGGAUUACUGCCUCAUGGAGCUGGACGAGACACUUUGUAAACACAUUGAAGCUGGGAAGAGCCUUGUCAUCAGAGGGGACAAAAAUGAGCACGCCAUUCUGUGCAGUGAUGACAAAACGUACGACCUCAAGAUAGCAGACACAUCCAACUUGCUGCUGUUUGUGCCUGGAUGCAAGACAGCUGAUCAGAUGAAGGACGAGCCAAAGGAUUCUCAGCUGGUCCAUGCAGAGGUGUGGGGCUUCUCCAGCUGCUACUGGGAACUGAAGCUGCAGCGCCCCAAGCUGAAGAAACUGAAGAAGCUUUUGAUGGAGCAGCCAUAUGAGGGCCCACCGCUACGCACAGAAGAACAGCCGCGAGAGCCAGAACAACUGUACACCUCUGCAGAGCUUCUGGAGAGGAUCCAGGCCAGUGAAGAGGAGCUCUUCUCCAGCCUCCAGAAAAUUAAUGCUUGUGAAAUAGAUGGCUUCUGGAGAAUGCUGGAUUUCAGUUACGAAAUGAAGGUGUUGGGACACAUAACUCAGCUAGUGGAUUCGGAGUCGUGGUCGCUCACUGAAGUUCCCUUGAGUACCUGUCUUCAGGAACUUGGCUGUCUGGAACCAACGGAUAUGAUAGAGCAUUGCCUGAACUGUUACGGCAGGCGUUACACCACAGAUGAUGGGGAGGUGCAUUUCUCUCUGGACGAGGCGAAGAUCUGCCGGGCCACUGCUCAGAUGAUCCUGCAGAACGCUGUCAAGUUCAGCCUGGCCGAGUUCCAGGAGGUCUGGCAGCAGAGCGUUCCAGACGGCAUGAAGACCACACUCGACCAGCUCAGGGGCUUGGCGCUGGUGGACCGUAGCACAGCUACUCACACCAUUUCUCUGCUAAGGGUGGAAGAUUUACCAGAGGACACGCUGGAGCGCUUCAACUGCCUCUUCAGCAUGAGAGAGAAGUGGACAGAGGCAGACAUCGCCCCCUAUAUAGAGGAUCUAUGUGGAGAAAAGCAGACAACUGGAGCGCUACUUACAAAAUAUGCACGCUCUUCACUGCAAAACGGCGCUAAAGUGUACAACUCCAGAAGGCCUGUGCAAACCUGAACAUACUCCUCUCCACGUCAUUAAAAUGUUCCAUUUUGUGUCGCCAUUAUGUAUAUUGUCUGUUUAUAAUAAAAAACAAAAUGUAUGAAAAUGUG